AUGCGCUUUCGCCUAGGCAAUCGUGCAAUACUCUCCACUCCAAUUGCCCACCGUCGAAGCUUCCAUCAUGUUCCUGCCCUGACGAAUGGUCCGAUUAUUGAAAAUAGUCUCGAAAAAACUCUCGAAGAGCACCGAUUGUUAAACCGGCGAAGCUUGAUUCGCAAGGUCUAUGCGCGAUCUGAUCUGGAGAAGCUUGAUCGUCUCACUGAACCCAGGAAGAAAGCCGCUAAAGCUGAGACGUCUGAGUCGUCCAAUUCGAAAUCCCAAACCCAACUAUCAGAGAAGGAUACGCAAUCGCCUGCCUUUCAGGAAAAAUCAGAGUCUCUUACGGAACACAACCCAGGGUCUCCGGCGCCGAAGUCCAUUAAAUUCCCGUUUAUCACCUGGCAGGUUAAGAAAAACAAAUCAGCGCGUUCCAAAUACGGUCCUAGCCGAGAUACCACACAGCGCCCAUGGCUUGCAGAACUGGACCAGACUGCGACGUACUUGGACGGCAUCUCGCACCUUGACGCAGAACUUCACGCUCUCGAAGCAUACCUGACGCCAACUGUCCGGGAGAAGGAGGUGGCAAGUCAAGUCGUCUCCGAUGUCAUCAACCUUAUUUCACGCUAUGCAGGUUCCUCUAAGUCCAUACGCGUCUCUCGCACGGGGUUCACAAUGAGCCAUUCAACGCUCGACCUUAUAAUUGCAGUGUCAGACAAAGAAAAGGCAACUGACGAUGAUGUCGAUAAGCCAAAUGAGAGUUACAGCGCGAAAAAACGCAGACAGCGUAAAAUCCUUGACUUGGCUCAACGAUCCCUUGGGCAGUCCUCUAUCUACGGAUUGCAGCUCGAAAAGAGGGAGAGAACUCUCAAGGUACUUCAUAGGCCCUCUGGUCUCGUGCUCCAGAUUACCUGCGCUGAAGAUGAACACACGGCCCUCGAAUAUCUUCGAGACUUCCACGCUGAAUACCCAACCCUCCGCUCUUUAUACAUAGCCAUACGGUUGCUUCUCGAAAGCAAGGGACUUUUCGGCACGGAGAAUACCAUUAACUGCAACGAACUGCAACUACUUAUUGCCGCGGUCCUCAAAAUGAAUCACGGCCGUCUUCGGCGCGACGCGCUUGUUGGCGAAUCAUUCCUCACGUUCCUAUACACCUUUGGUGUACAGAGAGACCUCUCGGCAACCGGUAUCGCAGUGGAUCCUCCAGGCUUCUUCACUACCCAAUCUGUGGAAGACGCAUGCGCAAUGUACAACCCUGAUGAUAUUCCCGCUCUCCUCCGCGGCCAGCGCUCGCUCAUUAAGACGAAGAGGAAUGCCAUGAAAAGGGGUAACAGACCCCUUGGCCUCAAACUCCUAAUUCAGAAUCCGGCAAACUUCAUGACACAGGCACCUGGAUCAUGCUCACGAACUGUAGAGACACAAGGUGCGUUCCGGAAAACUUAUUCGGUUUUGAAAUCUGCCCUUGAUGCUUGGGAAGCUAGACCAAACAAUAGCAUUCUCAGUGCUGCAUUAAAUGCGAAUUUUGAAGGGUUUGAGACGCGCAGAGUUUCUAUUCUCGCUACCCAUCCCGAUUCAUGCAAGAAAUCUAUUUCGUAG